GCGUCUCUCUAGCUCAUGACGUCACGUACGUUUAAAACCCCCAGCGGAGCUCCAGUUCGUCAUUCAGAGCAGCAGCAGCAGCAGCAGCAGAAGAUGAUCAUCGACCGAGUUUCUGACGGGUUUUCGGGUCUGCUGGACCGGGACGCGGAUCUGAUAAGUCCGGUGCAGCUGUGGGGCUUCCCCGGCUGCAGUUCCCCCACAGAGCCGCUGCUGUCCCCGGGAGAGCCCAGCUCCGACUCCGAGCACAGCUGGAGCGACGCCAGCGUGGAGGCGGAGGGCACACGCAGGAGCCGCUAUCAGGGUGUGCGCGUCAAGAACACGGUGAAGGAACUGAUCAUGCGCAGAAAACACCUACACACACAGGUGCAGCAGCAGCAGUUCGCCGUCGAUGACGAGUGCGCAGUGCUGCAGAGCAGGAAGAGGACAGCAGAGAGUGUGUGUUUCUCUGCUGUGAAGCGCGCGCGAGCCACUGACGGAUACACACCGAUGGAGUGUGUGUCCAGUGACUGUGAUCUGCUGGAGGAUCUCGGGGUUUUUCUGGCUCCGCCUCUCUCCGUGGGCUCAGUGAUGGAGAGUGUGUGUGCAGACGCGCCACCGCUUUACAUGCAGAACACACUCCCCGCUGUGCAGAACACACUCCCCGCUGUGCAGAACACACUCCCCGCUGUGCAGAACACACUCCCCGCCGCGCCGCCAGUUUCCUUCUUCCAAUGGCAGAUCCAGCAGGAGGAUGAGAAACUGUCUGCGUUGAGCCCUGCGGAGCUGAUGAGCCGAGAUGAGGACGGAGACACGUUCCUCCACAUCGCCGUGGCGCAGGGCCGCAGAGCGCUCGCCUUCGUCCUCGCCAGCAGAAUGGCGGAGCUGGGGGUCCUGGACCUGAAGGAGCACAACCAGCAGAGUGCGCUGCAGGUGUGUGUGGCCGCCGAUCAGCACCUCAUCGCUCAGGAUCUGCUGAGUCUCGGAGCCGACCCGAACACAUUCGACCGCUGGGGCCGCUCGCCGCUGCACGUGUGUGCUGAGAAGGGCCACAGCGCCACACUGCAGGCCAUCCAGCGGUGUGUGCAGCAGAGCGGCCGGAGCCUCAGCCUGGAGAUGGUCAACUAUGAGGGACUGACUCCGCUGCACACUGCAGUGCUGGCCCAUAAUGCAGUGCUGCAGGAACUGAGUGGUCAUGUGACACAGGAUGUGACGCUGCUGCAGAAGAGGAAGAAGCUGGCGGAGUGUAUCGCCACACUGCUGCAGAUGGGGGCAGCGCUGGGCACACAGGACUGUAAGAGCGGCCGCACGGCUCUGCAUAUGGCAGCUGAGCAGGUGAAUGUGGAGCUGCUGCGCCUGUUCCUGGAUCAGCCGGACUGCUGCAGCGUCAUCAACACUCGGGCGUUCAGCGGGAACACGGCGCUCCACAUGGCGAGCGCGCUGCAGGGUCGGGAUGCGCAGCUGGAGGCGGUGCGGCUGCUGCUGCGGAGAGGAGCCGACCCCAGCGCCCGCAACCUGGAGAACGAGCAGCCCGCACAACUGGUGAACGAGGGCCCGCUGGGAGACCAGGUGCGGCGUGUCCUGAAGGGUAAAUCGGCCCCGCUGCGCCCCUGAGCUCCUCCACACCCGCUGUCAGUCAGGCAGCCGUCGCUCUACUCAUUUGCUCUGCAGAUGUCGGUUGUUUCCAUGAAACAGAUUAAAGUUCUCUACUGUGUAGAAGAGGAACCGGAAGAUGAGCAGCACACACACACACUCUGCCGGACUGAGGAGAGUCCCGACUCUGACCCAGUCCAGCAGCAGAUCCGUGUGCUGCUCCUGUGUGUAAAGGCCUGAAAACUAUACUCAUACUGUAAUGAUGAUUAUCUGUGUGUGUGUGUGUGUGUGUGUGUGUGUGUGUGUGUGUGUGUGUGUGUGUGUGUGUGUGUGUGUGUGUGUGUGUGUGUGUGUGUGGUUAAUCUUCUGAGAUGUGUAUCAGUGAGUGUAAACCUGUUGAACCGGAUGGUCCCGCUGGAGCGCUCCGGGCGUGUCUCCACCUGUUGCUCUGGGACUUUCACCUGAUGAUGACUGAGCUGCUGAGCUCGACAUGCUGACCAGCGCUCUGAUGAGUGUCCAAUCAGAACCUCUGCUCUGAAUUGAGGAGGACCACUGCUGUGUAGAUGAUGAUGAUGAUCAUUAUAUACACGUGUAGAUGAUGAUAUAAGUGUGUGUGUGUGUGUGUGUGUGGUGAAGGGUUGAGCUGAUUGAGCUCCAUUAUUUCUCUGUAUUGGUUUCGGGUUUCUCCCCUCAUAUUCUGUAAAUCUGUAUGAAACUCCAUCUUUAAUAAAGUUUUUUGGUUUGGGU